UUUUUCUGAAAGUUUUUUAAAAAAUAAUAGGAGAGGAGAAGCUUCCUUCCCUUCCGCUGGAUUUCUGGGUGGUUGGAUUGGAUCAUCUCUUUCCUCCCUCCUUCCCUAUAUCCGCUGAAUCCAAAUUCUCCAAAUUCUCUAAAUCCAGGUCAGGAAUUCCGAUUUCUCACCUGGAAAAACGAUUUCAUCUGGAUGGGGACUCCCGAAUUUCCCGAUCUUGGCAAACAUUGCUCCGUCGCUGAUUGCAAGCUCAUCGAUUUCUUGCCCUUCACCUGCGAUCGCUGCAAUCAGGUAUAUUGUUUGGAGCACCGAAGUUAUAUAAAGCAUCAGUGUACUAAAGCUGACAAACGAGAUGUCACUGUUGUUAUAUGUCCACUUUGUGCCAAAGGAGUUCGCCUAAUUCCAGAACAAGAUCCAAACAUAACUUGGGAGAAUCACGUUAACACCGACUGUGACCCAUCAAAUUAUGAGAAAGCCACAAAGAAGAUAAAAUGCCCGGUCCCUGGGUGCAGGGAGAUCUUGGUGUUCUCAAACACAAUCAAGUGCAGGGACUGCUUGGUUGACCAUUGUUUGAAGCACCGGUUUGGACCUGAUCACAAAUGUUCCGGACCCAAAAAGUUGGAAACAAGUUUUUCAUUUAUGAGUUUUAUGAAUAGGAGUAGAAAAGAUGCGCCAAAACCCAAUUUAACUUCAUCCUCAUCAUCGAACUGGACUACAAGCUUUCUUAACAUGGCUUCGAAUAUUCGAGCUUCAGCUGAAGCGAGCAUAUCAAAAUUGAGUGGUGAAACUAACCAAGCCAUGCAGACAUCACGGGGUGGUGUGGGACAGAGCAGUGGCAGUGGGAAUAGAAAUUAUCAAGCGGAGCAAUGCCCUCAGUGCAGCGCGAAGUUUUCCUCAGUCACUGCACUGGUGGAUCAUGUUCAAAAAGUUCAUGAAAGGAGUGGCAACCGAUCUGGGGUGAAGAAGACAAUUGAUGCAUGUCCCAAGUGUAGUAAAGGAUUUCUAGACCCGGUUUCGCUUGUAGAGCAUGUUGAAAGGGAUCAUGGUGGUAGUUCUAGAGCAUAGUUGUGGACAGUGGAGUUUAAACAGAAGGAAAAUCAAACUUGAAGAAAUUGCACUUUCUUUGAUGGAUGAUCAAGUUUAUAAACAUUAUUUUUACCUGUUUAUAGCAAAAGGAUGUGAAUACAAAUUUGAAGAUUGGUAUUAGAUUUCUCUACAAUUGUUAAUGUUGUGUCAUCAAUUUACCAUUUUUUCUUAAAAGUUCUUCCUUCUUGCAUAGAUUCAAUCCUACUGCAUUAAUUAUCAUGUUAUCAGCUUAAGACUAGGCACUUUCUUGAUCAUGUGUCUGCAAGAAUUGCCAGCUUUCCAUUAAUUUGUGAGCUUAGUUGAAACAAUGGUUGAUCCUUUUUUGUUGCCAA